GCUCGCUUGCCGUUUCCUGCUCCUCCCUCCUCUCCCGGCUCCAGCUGUUUGUCUAGCAGAGUUCUGUCCCUGUCCUGCACAGAACUCUGGACAGAGUGCGACUCUUAGGAUGUGCCUGGGGACUGUGCUCCGUGGGGCUCCGAGGAAAUUUUGUGUAAAUAGGAGAAACGGUUCCAAGCAAACAGCCCUUUCCAGCACAACUGUGUGACCAGGAGAAGGAAGCCUGAAGCCACAAGAACCACAGGGGAGACUGGGGAGAAGGUCUGCGGUAGGGCAGAUGAGAUCAGUUUCCUGGACAGCGAAGACUCCUUCCUUGAAGAGCUAGGAGCCUGAUAAGGGACAGAAAUAAGUAAAAGAACGUUCUUAGAAGUUCUACCGAGGACCGUGGCGCAAACACUGUCUUGGAUAAGGUAUUUCCAGCUGUGCAUAGUGACUGCCUGACUGGGAACUCAUACUGGAAUUCUGUUCUGCAACAGCAAAGUGUGAAGGUCUCCAAAGGCAAUGCCUCAGCACCUGUCUGUCGAGGUCUUUAGCCUGUGACCCUGUCAUCUCUUGCAGAGAUGGAGUACGAUGCUUACAAUGAUUCCAGCAGUUACAAUUAUGAGUACAUAGACGGCUUCGGCCCCAUUGUGGAUUUGGAGGAGGUGCAGCCACUAGAAGCCAAGGUGGCCCGUGUCUUCCUGGUGGUGAUCUACAGCGUGGUAUGCUUCCUUGGGAUCCUAGGCAAUGGCCUGGUGAUUCUCAUUGCCACAUUCAAGAUGAAGAAGACGGUGAACACUGUGUGGUUCGUCAACCUGGCAGUGGCUGAUUUCCUGUUCAACAUCUUCCUGCCCAUCCACAUCACCUAUGCCGCUAUGGACUACCACUGGGUGUUUGGGAAGGCCGUGUGCAAGAUCAGCAGCUUUUUGCUCAGUCACAACAUGUACACCAGCGUCUUCCUGCUCACGGUUAUCAGCUUUGACCGCUGCAUCUCUGUGCUGCUUCCUGUCUGGUCCCAGAACCACCGCAGUGUCCGACUGGCCUACAUGACCUGUGUGGCCGUCUGGGUUCUGUCUUUCUUCUUGAGUUCCCCAUCUCUUGUCUUCCGGGACAUAAACAAUAUGCAUGGGAAAAUAACCUGCUUCAACAACUUCAGCUUGUCUGCCACCCCGUCUUUCCCACACUCCGCUAACUCCCGGGUGGAUCAUGUAGGGUUCAGUAGGCACGUCGUAGUCACCGUCACCCGCUUCCUUUGUGGCUUCCUGAUCCCAGUCUUUAUCAUCACUGCCUGUUAUCUCACCAUCGUUUUCAAGCUGCGGCGCAAUCGCCUGGCCAAGACCAAGAAGCCCUUCAAGAUCAUCAUCACCAUCAUCGUCACCUUCUUCCUCUGUUGGUGUCCCUACCACACACUCUACCUGCUGGAGCUCCACCACACGGCUGUACCGGGCUCUGUCUUCAGCCUGGGACUGCCUCUGGCCACUGCCAUUGCCAUCGCCAACAGCUGCAUGAACCCCAUUCUCUAUGUCUUCAUGGGCCAUGACUUCAAGAAAUUCAAGGUGGCUCUUUUCUCCCGCUUGGUCAAUGCCCUGAGUGAAGACACAGGACCCUCCUCCUACCCCAGUCACAGGAGCUUCACCAAGAUGUCCUCGUUGAAUGAGAAGCCUUCAGUGAAUGAGAAGGAGACCAGCGCACUUUGAGCCCUAUUGGCAACGCCCCGGUGGGUGCCGCAACCCAGGGACACCCAGUGACACCCAGGACUUGUCUGUUGAAGCGGGAGACAUGAUAGGAACCUUUCUGGUAUGCUCCAAUGCCCACUACAUUUUGUACAUGUACUCAUGUUUCGAGUAGGAUUCCAGAGUGUGGACACUCUUCAGCAAAAUGGAAGUCAGAUCAAUCUGAGCCUCUGGAGCAGCAGGAGUAGGGAACCAGCUUUGACCAACUCAGAAGAGGGCAGGGUUCUCCAUACGGGCACAUAAUUUCCUGUGUGUGCUGCAGAGUCGCUAGUGUGGGUGAGGAAGUCAGCGCAAACCCGUUGCGGACCUGUUAGAACCACAGGGCAGUCAAGCCAGCAAGCCUCCCUUGCCACUGCCAGCAUCCUCCAAGAACUUGACUUUGGAUUUCAGAUGAGCUGGGAAGACCAGGACCUGAGGGGCUGCAUGGAACCCUGCAAGGGCGAGGCCGGCUGUGGGUGGUGGUGGUGGUGAUAAAGAAAUGGAGGAGAGUAGGAACCCAAAGGAUGGAGGCACAGAAAUCAGCAGCAUGCCACAGGGAGAUGGUACUCUAGGUUGUGGGGUCAGGUGGUGGCGGCCCUUUGCUCCUGUGCCUAUUGUAACCUGAAGCUGGGGUGGAGGACAUCUUCGCCCAAGCUUCCACUCCAUCCCAGGGUCUCUUCUCUCCUUCCCUGAUCUUCUCAGCUCUGGCUGGAAGGUCUUAGAAUACACCUCCCUGGGUGGAGCGUGGGGGGUGCAGGGAGGAAGGUGGGGGUGUCGUCUCCCCCGUCCAUCCCCUUUAAGCUUCCUGGAGACUGGAGAGCGGAGUUUUGAGACUCCAGGCUCAGAGCAUCUCCCAAAGCUGUCUCUGAGGGCUGGGCUGUGAAGCUGCUGAGCUAACUGACUCCUUCUUGAAUCAUGCUUCCCAGGUGAGGCGGCACAGCCUUUUGAGCAGCCCAUGGAUGGACUUUCUUCCCCAAAUCAGACACUUUCUCCUGGCGGGGAAGCCAAGACUUGAGGAAGGGAAAUGACUCACCGAACACCAUACACUCUUAGUCAGUGACAAAGACCUGAGCCCAGCUCUGCCUGGCUGCCUUCAUUCCUACACUGAGGAUUUGAUAGCCUGCAUUAUUUAAACAUAUUUAAACUUAAAACAUUUACCAUGCAUUUAAAGUGUUUCACAUGUAUCUUCUCAUUUAUUCUUCACAGAAACCCUGAUUUAGGUCUUUAUACAUAUGAGGAGUCAGAGACUCAAAGAGGUUAAGUAACUGGCCAGUGGGACCAAGUGAGGUGCUGGCAGGCUGGAAUUGAACCUCAGUUUCCUGUCGCAAAGGAGAGGUGGAGUCAGGAAGGAACUAGUGGUUUGGGGUUUUAGCCAUAAAUAUUAGUUCUUUAGUGGAUCCAUGUGAACAUUUUAAUAGUCUUUACGAAGCUUUGCGUGUUGAUUUCAGAGUAACCCAACAUGCAAAGAAAAUGCGCUUGAUCUCCAGCCUUCACUCCUCCUGGUUCCUGUCACACACACAUGCUGAAUCUGGGCAAGCGGAGGGAGGAGCCUGGCAGGGGUAGCCCUUCUGGGUCCAUGGCCUCCUGGUCCACGGUGUCCACCUUUGGUUCUCUUCCAAGCCCCUUCUCCAUCAGGAUGUAAUACGCACAUGUGUGUCCUCUGGCCUGGCAGUUCCUGAACUUUAGGCUGCUAGAACUCGCACUCCAUCAGGGGACAGACUGCUCCUCCCCUGUGGGGUCUUGAGAUGAGCAGUUCUGAAGUGAUCCAAGCUGGAACUUCUGAUUGCUUCAGAGGGCCUGAACUUACAGGGAUUGAGAACAAGGAGGGAGGUUUAAAAAUAGCCUUGAGUUCCUACUGUCCUUCCCAGGGCCACAGAUGUGAACGGAGGCAUGCCAUGGUAUGGGAUUCAUCAUGCCACAGACUUCAGGGUUGGCCAGGCCAGGCAGGGGGCCAUUGGAAAAGCUGACAAACAGGAGAGCGACACUGGUCAAACCCUCUUCCUCCUGACUGUCAUAACACUCUACUCCUGCAAAGUGCUAAGUGAAACCUCCAGUCUUGUCCUCAUGGCUUCCCACAGCAAACCCUAUCCCCCAGGACCCAUGCGUAAUCCUUGUAGCUGGCAAACUGCAGUGGCCCCCUGUGUCCCUGCAAAGACUGACCAGGGCAGUGCCUCCUCUGGGGCUGGGACCCAGCAGAGAUGCCUCCUGGGUGGGGGAUGGGCCGAGGGAACUGAGGAACAAGACAAGAUGUGGGGGGGACAAGAAAGGAAGAUCACUGGAGUGUGGGGGAGGGGAGCAGGGCUUGCUGAGGAGUAGAGGACCCAUGCUUCUGAGCAUCCAGAUGCCAAUGAGUUUUCCAGUCUCUGCCUGGACCUGGCAGAGGAGGACACUGUGUCCCUUUGGGUUAUGCAGAAGGUGAAGUCAGGGCCACACAGCUAGGAAGUGGUGUGGGGUGUGUAUGGGGUCACUUGGAACCAGCUCUGCUGCCUGAGACCCCACCUUUGUCAGCCCAUGAAAGCAACGUGGGAGGGAGAGAAGGGGAAGGAGGGGGAAAAUGGAGGGGAAAGGAGACAGCGGAACCUCCACCUCCUUCCCAGGAGCCAGGCUCUCUUGGAACUCCUCUAGCUCAUCCCCUGGGGUUCCCGGUUCAGAGCGGGACUUUGGAGUCUGUGGUUCUGCUGUUCAGACGAAGCUCUCUAUCCUUGUGGAGAGAGCCACUGUGAGUUGUGAUGCUUGUCACAGGGGGUCAGGGACGGGUCCUUGGGAAGGGACUGUGUUGAUCUGGGGAGAGCAGGUCAGUGUUGAGACGGUUAGGGGGGUGCCUGAUGCUCCAGGCGGAACUGGAGGAGUUGUCAGUGCUGUGUGGAGGGGGAGCCAUGCAGGGGUCUGAGGGGACAGCAAGCAGGAGGCGGGCAGAGGACCAGAGCUGGGGAGGCCCAGGUGGGGACUGACCUGCUUAGACCUGCAUGUUGAAUCCCUCCCCUCUCUGCUCUAGAAAGCACCGGGGAAAGGAAGCUGGGAGGCAGGCUGCACAGCAGAGGUCUCUGGACUGGGAGCGUUGGAGAGAGUGGAGAAUUUUGAGAGAUAUUUAAAAGCUCUGAGCUCUCUCAGGGGAGUGGUUAGCGGGAAGCCAACCCUGGGCCCAUCUGUGCAGCACAGAGGUCCUGCUGCAUCAGUUUGUUGAUGGAAAUUAAUUGUAAAUAUUAUUCAGAUGUACCUCCCAGUGCACAAUUAUACUUCUCAGGGGAGUUCUGAGUACAUGGGGAAACUCUGUAAAUAAUACAUACAUUAGCACAGAGGCACGCUGAAGCUGCUGCCAUGGCGGCUGCGGGAGGUACUCAGAGCAUCUGCGCUGGAGGCUAGCCUUGGACAACCAGCUCUGUCUCUCCCAGAGGAUGGGCACAACUCUAGGCAUGCCAGCCUGGUCACUGGCCAGGUGGGGACACAGAGCUGGCAGGUAAGGAAGACACACAGGUCAGAGCAUGCCCAACUGGCCUGGGAGGCUCAAUGGCUGCUGUGUGAUUACUUGGGCAUGCUCAAGCUUGGGGCAAGCAUUUCCGUCCCACAAUGUCACUGAAUCGUCAUAAAAAAGACCAUGAAAGACUUGUGCUAAGACCUGGUGCUAUGUCCAUAGACGGAUGAAGUUGAGAAAUCAGACAGGUGAGGUAAACUGUGCUAGUGAGAACCGAGAGCCAAGCCCUGUCUAUCUGUCUGUCUGUGUGUCUGUCUGAAAGCUCUUACUUUCUCCAGAAGUUACUUGGUCAGUCUCUGCCCACCCCCAUUGACUUCCGAGGAGGGGUGGUGAUGAGCCUGAGGGACUGCCUUGCCCUUGGAGGGAAGGACGUGACGUUUGCAGAGCUUGUCAGUUCCUCUCAGUCUCUGAGCUUCAGAGUUCGGAAGAGACACUACUCCGAGCUCAUCCCUUCUCAGGCCCCUAAUUCCCAGACUGUGAAACUGAACAAGAUACACAUAGUCGGAGGACACGCCCCCCCCCUUCAAUGACAGUGGUGUGAGCAUGCUCCUGAGAGUCACUUUUAAAAUUUCAGCUUGGAUACCUGAGUCUCACCCAUCUGCCCUCUUCGUGGCUAGACUUUGAAUACCAGCUUUGGCAGCCAUCUGCCCAGGGUCCUUCAGAAUCCUGGCUGAAACUGAGUCUUAGCAAAACCCACAUUGGAGCAGAAACAAGAUAUUUCUAAAACAUCUUCACUAUUGCCCCGGUUGUGGGUGAGGGUGUCUCUGAACUUGGGAGGUAAUGACAGGGACACCUCCAUAUAGUAAAAUCUCAGUCUGUGUAUCUGAGAUGAAUGUCUUGUGAAGAGAAUGAAAGAUCUUGUAGAUGUAAAAUAAUCCAUGGUGUCCGAAGGAGUGACCUUCCCUCCACACCCCUGCAGAUGGCAGGGGAGAAGCAGACAGAGCUUUGUGGGCAGCUGGGAGUGGUCCCGGCAGAAUCCACCCAGAGAGUGAGCUCCCGCAGAGAGCCAGGUUUAAAGGCCACCAUGACGGCAAUGGCUUGGCAAGAGAAGCUCCUUUCUCUGCCUGCGUGGGCUGGAAUCCUACCUGCACUGUGCACAGCAAUCAGGGGCCUUGUGGGGGGGGGGGCUUGAAACAUCUCUGAAACUCUUCCUUUCCUGUAUGGAUGGUUUGUGGCUCUGAGGUGCCGCAGGGCCAUCAUUCACUUGGCCAUCAUUCACACGGGCCAACAUCAAGCCCCUCACUUGAUGUUGUUAGGACAUCAAGUCAGGACUUGAUGAGUGUCAGGACCACUCGCUCAGAAUUUUCCCUCGUAGAACACACCCAGCCUUUGCUGCCAUGGCUCACAGAACCUUGGAGAGCCAUUCACCAACUCCUUCCCCAUGACAUCGAUUGCUAGUCAGCCUGCUGUCUUCACCGGCCCUCGGAACCUAACCAGAGCAAACAGUAGCCACCGUAACCACUGCCCAGGCUGUUCUUUUGGGACCAUCCUGCCUCCAGUGCUGGCUUUACCUUUGUACCCCCCCCCCCCCGCAAUGUCACCUCCUCUUGGGCAUGAUGCCUCAUUUGUAAUCCUGAAAUCAAAAAGCUGGGGCAGGAAUUUGAAGCUAGCUGGACUACAGAGAUCUGACCUCAAAAAAAAAAAAAAAAGCCCAAGCCACACAUGAAGUCACACCCACAGCAACCUCCUCUGAGGGAGUCUGACCCUGCUCAGGGCCACAGACAAGAUGUCACUUCUCAGUAGCAUGGGCAUCAAAAUCACCUUACUUAUUAUGCAUGUAGUUGUCUCCUGCCUGUCCCCUACUGGAAGAGGAUCUUCACUGGGGCAGGAGCCCAUGUGUCCCACUCACCCUGCGUUCCCAGCACCCACAACAGAGCUCAGCUUGGAAAAGCUGCUUGCAUUUUGCUAUCACUGAAUGGCUGAAAGUUCUUUCCCUUCACAUGGUUCCCUCCCCCUCGGUCCCCUAUUGGAACCUCACAACACUCCCCAAAGACUUCUCCUUUGUGUGGAGAGGGUGGACCAGAUCAUUGUAUGAAUUGGAGGAGCUGUGGCUCUUCCCGAAGCCACUGGGAACCAAGGGGGACAGAAGAGGUUUUCGUUAAUGGCCUUCUUUCCAGGUUGUCUGGUUUAUUGCGGCUUGGGAAUAAAAGACCCAGACACCUCCAGCCCCGCACCCUCCCCAUUGUUUUCCAGACCAGGAUUCUAUUAAAGGUUUGGCAGGCAUGGCUGUGACCACAGACUUCCUGUGUUUACCCUUCCGCUUGGAAAUUGGGCAUGGAGUCUGUGUUGGCCGUGGAUGGGGUCCCCUGGCGCCUUGAGGCUCUGCAGCCCAGAUGUGCUAGGAGAGACAGGCAUAGGUUUCUCUGUGACCUGGUUUCUGCUACACAGAUGUUUGGCAUCCUAUAGCAUCUGGAUAGCUGAAUGAAUUUCUGAUUUGAUUCCAGAUGUUGAAGGAGACAGGAAAGGGAACUCGAGUGUUUAGGACCUAAGUGUUUGGCUGAUAGCACGGAUGGCUCUUGGUCAGAGCAGGUGUUUACAAUAAAUGGCUCUGGCCAGUCACGGAUGCCUCACUGGGAAGGGCUGACUGGGGGUGAACUUUCAGGCAUGGUGAGAAGAGGCCGGAGACAAUGGCACAUCAGUCGUCCUAGGUCACUGUCCUUAGAAGGCUCUGCUUUGCGGAUGAGGGAGACGGCAGAUCCAUUGGACGCCUAUCCACUGGUUUGCACUGAGAGCUUGCUAGGCUCUGGGGACUCAGUCCGUUCCUGGCUUUGUAAGUCAGUCGCACCGCGUGCUGGCUGUGCUGGAGCUGGAAUCCAAGUUGGUGUCUGUCCAGAGCCAUGGCUUUCCUGGUCACCACACAUUCCGCUUCCUGUCAGAUAAGCCAGAUUCCAAGGAAUCAAGGCAGAGUGGGGAGACAGGCUUGGUGAUGAGCUGGAGAGAGAAGACUCAGUUCUUAGAGGGGAGUGGAGCAGAGACUCAUUCUGGAAUCCAGCACACACCUGCCAGCAACUGCCCUCUGGCCCUGAAUCUCGGAAUAGGAAGGGGUCUGACCCCUCAAGCCCAGUGAAUGACGGCUGGAGGCAGGAACUGAGGCAGCCUGAAAGAAAACAAGUGUGAGCUCCCCGGUCCAGGUCCACUCUCACCUUAGGGACCACCAGCUUCCCCACCUGCUGGAAUCAGAUGUCACUGGUUUCUAUUCUCUAGAGAGAGGGCUCAGUGGUUAAGAGCAUUUGUCCUUGCAGAGGACCCAGGUUCAAUUCCAGGCAUCCACAUGGUGGCUCACAAAUGUUCAUCACUCCAGUUCCAGGGAGUCCUGCGGAGAGUUAGGAAAAUUCGAGGUUUUCCUCAAGGCCCUCGUGUAGAGGCAGAGUUGAUAAGAUCUGGGGCUAGAGCCUUGCAGGGGCUUCAGCUUGACCCUGGGAAUUUAAUUCUUGCUGGCAUGUGGGCUACGGUACCAGUCCCGAGGCUGCUGCUGUGUGCUCAGUCUAUAAUAUUCUAGAGAUAGCAUGUUCUCUGUGUGCAAUAUUGCUGGGUUAGCUUCCUGCUGACUUCGUCCCAUUGUAUGGCAGUUGCUGAGGACUCUGUCCCACCUCUCCCCUGAAAAUAGCAUAUGAGGUGCUGUUCUCCUUAAUAAAAAUGCUUGCUUGAGCCAUCA